AUGGCGCCCACCCAGAGCAAAAAGUACGCCGUUGCUUCGGAGAAAUCAUCUGGCCCUGCCAAUUUGAACCUCAAUGUUGCCAGUCUGGGUAAUUCGCCCAUGCUUCAAGCCUCCGCGCACCAUCAUGCCCAACAAGCGCAUCACUUGGCGAACGCGCGCAACGCCUUCAAGAACAGCACUCGUCAUUCUCACUCUCAGCAACAACCUCUGCACAACCUCCCACACGCGGUCGCACCAACCAAAGCCCCCGAUCCAGCACCUGGUCCUGGCCCAGUUCCUGGCCCGGGUUCGGGCGUCGGAUCUGCUCAAAUUCAUGGCGCUGGCGAUGCUAAAUUGCACGCUCUGCUUCCUGCUUCAACGUUUUCCUUUCUUCUUUCCGCUUUCCGCUUUUCGCACCAUGUCAAUCACCUGUCAUGA